GGUCAUUGGUGUGGUGAAGCACACAGUAACGGGUCGUGUCCAGUCCAGCUGUGCUGCGCCCACUCCACUGAUUACAGCGGAUCUUAUUGAGGCCCUUUGGCUUCUCGACUGUGCACAUACUGAAGCCUCAUCUGCGGGAGAAGGUGCGCGUUCCUGUCGCGCGCUUCCACGUGCAGCAUCUCCCUCUCCUGUCCAAACACCGCUGGACUUCACUGCCCGCUGCUUCCGGAGCAGGGGAUGUCUGCGCUCGUGCAUGUGCUCGUCCCGUUCCUGCUCUGCGUGGCCGUCGCCAACACCGGGGUCUUCGAUCAGGUGCUGGUGGACACGAGCUAUGAGCACUACGCUGAGCGCGCGCUCCCGCAGCUUCCCGGCUUCCUCGCCAUGCCGUUCAACUGCCUCGUGAACGCGGGCUACGCGGUCGUGGGUAUCUACUGGCUGCGCGCCCCAGGGCUCGAGCAGGAGCGCGCGCUCCGCUACGCCAAGGACGUGUUCGCGCUCAUGGCGCUGCUCUACGGGCCCGUGCAGUGGACGCGCCUGGCCACGCUGCGCCGCGCGCCCGCCGUCCUGGACCAGUGGUUCACGCUUCCUAUCUUCGCGUGGGUGCCCGUUUGGUGUGGUGCGGUGGCGCGCGGCUGGUCUGGCCCUCGCGCGCUCGCCGUCGAAGCCUGCUCGCUCGCCAGCUACGCGCUGGCGCUGCUGCACGAGAGAGGCUUCGAGCUCGCGCUCGCCGUCCACAUCGCCGCCGCCGUUCACGCGGCCGCCACCCUGCAGCGCGCGCACGGGGACUCCUCGUCGCUGCGCUACUUUGCGCUCGCGGCGCUGGCCUGCGCGGGCUUCGUGCUGCUGAAGCUGCUGGACCACGAGCUGGCGCAGUGGUGGCCCUUCCAGCGCCUCACGGGUCACUUCUGGUCCAAAGUGUGCGACAUUCUUCAGUUCCACUACAGCUUCUGCUUCCUCACGGACGUUUCGCAGAGAACUGCGCACAAACGCACAUGAGCGCCGCCUGGACAGAGCAGCCUGAACCACCACGUGCAGCGAUGACUCGAAGAAUCAGAAGAGUCGAUUAAAGAAAAGGUGAACUCAGCUGCAACGUCACAGAUGUUAUUCAGGAAUGUGGUCAAUUAUAAGUUUAAGUGAGACUUUUUAAUCCCACAAACGGGGAGAUUUCACCUCCCACACACCCGGAGCGGUGGGCAGCCCUAUCCACGGCGCCCGGGGAGCAGUUGGGGGUUAGGUGUCUUGCUCAAGGACAGCUCAGUCAUGGACUGUCGACGCUGGGGUUCGAACCGGCAACCUUCCGGUCGCUGGGCCAGUCCCCUAACCUCCAGCCCACGAUAUUCAGAGUAAUACUCCAGAGGUGUCGAAAAUGAUGUAAUGAUUUCAAGUGAUUAUUGCUCUCGGACAACUGCGAAACGGAGGAUUAUUUUGUGGACGAUUACACAUCGUAACUCCCACAGGCUCCGCAGCACUCUGGCCCCGACGAGCUGCCCAAAAGCAAAAGUUCAUCCCACCUUCAAGACGCGUCAUCAGAUGAGGGUUUUCCUGAUCUGGCCAGAGUGUCCUGGGCAGAGCAGCCUAAACCCAACCAAAGUGCCUUUACUUCAAAAGUAAAACAACACUCGAGUGAUAGUAAACGCAAAAAAAGAAUUCCAGGGAAAUUCCAGUUUACUGUGGUGAUGAUAGGAAUCGGGUUGCGGUGUCUACGAUGCCUACUUACUACGCGUAACAACCAGUAAACCUACGCAUGUCUUCUGACUUUUCAUACGUAAUGUAGAUGGUAAUAGAAUAGCAUGUCAUUUGGAAAAGAAAAGAAAACGCAUUACAGUGCCCUGCAUUUACUUCUCCAGCAGGAAUUGGUUUAAGAAAUAUAUUUGAGGCCAGAGUGUUUUCUCUACCCUGCUACAAACAGCAGCACGUGUUGUGUUUUGGCUGUGAAGAAUUCUGACGUUAGGACAAAGUAUUUCACAUCAAACCUGAAGGCCUUUAUUUACAUGUUAACCAUGCAAUUAUGCGG